UGUUUGGAUCACAAGUGAAAUGCGAGUAAAAGUUGUGAAACAAGUUUUGAAACCCGUUUUGACUGAAACUGUGGUUUCAAUUUUCAUUUGUUUUACCACUGAUUUGUUUGAAACACUGGACAAUGACCUUGAAUUGAGAUUCUUGUGCACCAAAUGUCUGAAAUUAUCUGAAAACAAGUGAUGUUUCACUUUAAAUGUCAUCCAAAUUAUUGAUUUGAUCCAAAAAUGACAAUAUUUUGAGUAUAUAGUGAUGACAAACCAAUAAUAAUGGAGAGUAUAGUAAUGGUAGCGAUCGGUGUCUUAUGUUUGGUAUUUGUGGGCUCUUUAACUGCACUCAUAAUGAUAUGUCAUCACCGGUAUUGUCGUAAAGAUUUCUUUUCCAAACAUUUUACCGAUUCGCGACCUGAUGUCGGACUAAUUAGUGGUCACAAUGGCUACGAUAACAGUUUAAAUAACAUGGAGUUGGAUGACGUGAGACUACAUCCCAAUAUCGAUAAGAUAUUAGCCGACACUCAAUGGGUGGACGACGCCACUGGACUUAUACCUCAUUGUUUGGCAAUACUUAAAAGUUGUCACCACUUGACUGAACGUYUAGUGGCGGCCACUAUGAGUGCAAUGACCAGAUAUCAGGAAGAAGAACAACAGUACAAACUUUGGGAAAUCAUAAGAGUUGCCCAACGAAUCAGUCCCAGAGUUGAUGAUGUCGUACAGUCUAUGUAUCCACCAUUAGAUCCCCGACUACUUGAUUCUCGUUGUCUAUCACUUGUCUUAGCGGUGUCACAGUUGGCAAUUGUUAUCAAAUAUUUGUGUCACGUUAAGAGUCAAUGGAUUCAAGAAGCGCUCGACGAGUUAGACUUCCAGCUGAAGGUCCUUCGAGACGCCGGACAGUUACUAUUGGACACAUCAGUCGCAGGUAAUACUACUACUAAUGCAAACUCUGAUGAAGAAAUCAAUAUUGAAAAUACUGCACAAAAUUGA